CCGGCAUUCAAUACUCCGGUGCACAUUGCGUUGUUGACAUUUCUUAUUGAGCAGUCGAACUGUAACUUUACGUCUAGAUGAUAUGAAGUUUUAAGCAUGACUUCGUCUUAUAGAAGUUCAAUUCCACCAUGGAGAUCUUCAAAUCAGAAGUACUCUUCAUCUUCUACAGAACGCCCUUCUACGUUGGGUACAAAUUCAAGUAGGUUUUUAAGUGGUAGUUCAUAUAGAGCUUUAACUGGAAAUUCUGCUCUUCCAAUGCGUACUUACAAUGAUUCGGGUUCUGUUACGGCUCUUAAAGAUAAGUUCUCCUCAAUGGCAAGAGAUAAAGCGGUUUUAGCGGAUAAACGGAUGAGAGUAGCUUCUUCAGGUUUUGGUAAUAAAUCUUUGUUAAAACCUGGUGGCAAUAAUCGUUAUGGAACGCCUGCCCCUAAAAGUCCAGUAAAAGAUCAACCCAUAACAGUAUUUGGGGUAUGUAAUGUUCCGGAAAUCAGAACUGAACAUCCAGUAGAUGUUAUGAUGACAAUAGUAACCCGAGGAACAUCUCCCACACCACCAGCGCACAGUAAUUUUCUUCGAAGUAAGCAUGCCGGCCAACAAGAAGUUUCCAUGUCAACAAAACGACGAUCAUAUAAUCGAGGCGUCGACAUUAAUGUUCAGACUGAUGAAAAAUUUCUGCGUAGUAUGCCUAGCAUAAAAGCAUCUUCAAUACCUAUUUCUAGAUAUAAAGUUAAUAGACUUGGAUAUAAUUCAACAUCAAAAGAUACCGGAUCAACAAGUGAAAAUUCAGGUCUUGAUCAAGAUUCAAAUUUGUCAGAUUCGUCAAACUUUGGGAAAUCUCAAUCGAGUGGAUCAGAUUCAUCAAAACAACCUCAGCCUAAUAGGAGUAGAAAAAGUUCUACAGAAAAAAGUCGAGAAGAAUUGUCUAUUAGCCGCUCCACGUCUGUUUCAAACACUGCAGAAGAAAAGCCUCCGUCUGGUCGAAAAUCUGACGAACCUAAAUUAGUAACGAUUAAAAGUUUAACACCAGUUCUCAGUAAAGCUAUCAUCACAGAAAUUCCAAAACCCCAAUAUCCAUUGAAAAAAUUAGAACCCUCGUCAGAUAAUAUCGAGUGGUUGCAAGAAUCAACAAAUAAAGAAAAUAAAAAUGAAAAACGUUCACCAAAUAAUACAGAAAAUAAUAUGAAAAAUGAUGGUAUGAACAAUUAUUUUUCUAGUAAAAUUCCUACUUAUCAUUUACGAAAAAUGGACUCAUCUGACAGAAAUCAAUGGUUAAAAGAAGCAGAACAAGACAUAAAUAUAGAGGAUUCAUACACAUAUCCAGAUAGUACGUCAUGUUCAGACGCUUUAAACAAUAAUUCAAUUUUAAAUAGAAGUCAUCCUUAUGGUAUAAAAAAAAUAGACUCGUCUGAUCGAAAUCAAUGGCUUCUUGAUGCUGUACAUCAUGAAUUAAAAAAAGAAAAAUCAAUAUCACGUAAUGGUAGUACAUCUAAUCUGGAUACAUGUCAUAGCAGUUCAAAUUCAAUAAAAAGUACAACGUGUGAUCUUAUGCUUAAUAACAAUUUCCAUAAUAAACAAUGGAUGGACGAAGUAGAAAGACAAGAAGAUAUUUUACAAAAUUCUUUAUUAAAUAGGAAUGAAAUCAUCAAUUCUGAUUUUAAUAACAGUAAUUAUUCUUCAGUUAAAGCUCCAUCAUAUAAUCUUAGAAAAAUGGAUUCAUUCGAUACCCCUUGGUGGUUAAGUGGUGAAAAAGAUAACAGUGAUGGUUCAAAAUUCACAAAAAGUAACAGUGAUCGGUCGAUAAAAAGUCCUGAUCUUACUAAAUCGUCUAUAGUCAGAAAAAUGGAUUCAUUUGAUAGUCCUUGGUGGCUUUCUGAAGAUGAAAAUAAACAUAUACUUUCUAAUAGUGAUAACUCAUUAAGUAAACCAAACGGAGUACAUGAAAGUAAAUGGUCUUUAAAUAAUGGAUAUGAUGAUAAAACACAAUAUUUAAAUCACAUUGGAAAUAUAUAUUUAGAUGAAACUGAUAAUUAUUAUUUAAAUAACAAUAAUUUUGAUUCUUGGAAUAACGAAAACACAUUAGAUAACAUAGAAGAUUUUAGUGAGCCUCAUUGGUGGACAGAAGAGUAUAAAAAUGAAGACACUAUAAGCACAAGUAUUUCGACUGAAAAACCACGUGAUGAUCCUAAUCGACUCGAACAACCAAAUAUUAAAAAAGUUAGAAAAAUGGACUCAUAUGAUAGCCCAUCAUGGCUAGCUAGUGAGGAAUCUGAAUCACAAAGUCAUGAACUUAAACACCCAAGUACAGAAGAUAUUUUAAGUUCAAGUUCAAAGCCAAUAGAAACUGUCAAUAGUAGCCCUGAUUGGUGGGCAGAAAAAAAUGAAAGUGACGAUUUUAUUCGUGUAAAAAGAACAUCUUUACGGAUAAAAAAAAUUGAAAGAGUCGAAAGUAAAGAGAAAUUUGACGAAACGCAUAUUAAAGAACCAAUAGAACCUAACUUGCAAGAUGAAUUAGAUCAAUUAAUGUUAUUUAUUGGUGGUUGUAGAAAUAUUGACGAAAUAUUGGGAAAUGAAGCACCCCCUCCGGCUGCACCAAAAACUCCUGCUGAUAGCGAUUCAGACGAUUGUGUUGAAAUUGGAGUAGAUCAAGUUCAUAUACAUGAUAGCAGAGCACAAACAUCAACUAUACAAAAUAAAUUAUAUACGUUGGACGACGCCGCCCUGCAACUCUACAAGGACGGCGAUUUCGGAUCGUACUUGGAUAUGGAGGCGUCCAUAUCGGAACAACAAGAGGAGUUCGAUGGAUUCCAAAACGAUAAAAGGAACUCGAUCGUUCUACGCACGCAGUUGUCAGUCAAAGUACACACAAUAAUUGACAAACUGAUAAACUCUGAAGGAAAGGAGCUAAGAAGAUGUUUGUUCGCGCUGAAGCACAUAUUCCAGGAGGAUAAAGAUUUGGUUCAUGAGUUUAUUCAAAAUGAUGGUCUCAAAUGUCUCAUUAAGUUAGGUUCAGAUGUUGACCAAAACUACCAAAAUUACAUAUUAAGAGCACUUGGUCAAGUUAUGCUAUACGUAGAUGGUAUGAACGGUGUCAUUGAAGAUAAUUCAACAAUCCAAUGGCUAUAUUCAUUAUUAACAUCAAGAUUCAGGCUAGUAGUUAAAACUGCAUUAAAACUACUUCUAGUCUUCAUUGAGUACGUCGAAUCAAAUUGUUUGAUCUUCCUACAAGCCGUCCACACAGUACAUCAGUCUAAUAGUACUCCACUGUGGAGUAAUGUAAUGAAAAUACUUACUGAACCCGAUAUGAUUGAUACUGAACUUUUGGUUUACGCGAUGACUUUAAUUAAUAAGACUUUGAAUGGUAUACCUGACCAAGACACUUAUUAUGACCAAGUUGAUGCUAUUGAAGAACAGGGUAUGGAACAAGUCAUUCAAAAAUACAUGUCAAAACCUGGUACAGAACUCGAUCUCUUAAGACAGCUCCAAAUAUACGAAGUUGUUUUACAACACGAAGAUGGUGAUAACAAAUCAACUCCCAUUAGAGUAGACCAUUCUAUUAGGAAAACUUUAAGGAAUCGAAAAUCCUUAACUUCUUCAUUAGACACAAUGGAAAGAAGAAAAUCUAGAAGACAUUCAGCCGGUAAUUUGUCAAUUCAAAUGCCGUUACUGAUGGAAAGACUAGAAAUUAAUUCACCGUUACCGAAAUCAACUAAUAAAUUACCUCAUCCAGGGGAAGAUGCUGGAGUUACUCCUGGCUUAAAAAGAAGGAGAGAACGUGCUCAAAGACAAAGGAGCAUGCUUCGAGAACAAUAUAAAAAUAAUAUUUCUCGACCAGACUGGUCAAGUACUGAUGAUCAAGGUGAAAGUUCCGAAGGGCAAAAUGGAUUGUAUCCUCUUAAUUUGUCACUUUGUAAUGGAGAAUCACAAGUCCAAAGGGAGAGUUCGGUUAAAGACUUGACACAAAAAUUAACGAAUCUUCGAAGUCCAGAUGAGUCUCCGACAAAACUUGCACCUCCUCUAGGCGACAUGAAAGGAAUAAUAUCAAAAGCCAUGGAAGGACUUGCUAAAUCUCAAUCAAAAAAUGAGAUGGUAAAAAGUCCUACUUCAGAGGCAUCCGUUGAUAUAGUAUCUAAGAAGACUGAAACAGAUUUACAUUGGGAAAAACUAGUUAGCGAAUGUGAUCGUUCUCUUCAACUAUGUGAUUUGGACUUUUCAACUCUUCACUCCGAUGAUGACACAGACAUAUUAGAGCCAUCUUCAUUGUUGGGCGGUGUUCCUCCACCACCACCACCUUGUCCUAUAUUACCAUCAACACAACAACAUGUUGUAAAAAAAACUAAGAAGACUGUAAAACUAUUUUGGAAGGAAGUUCGAGAUGAUCCGAUCGCUAGAAUUAAAUUAAAUUCCGAACGUUUGCUAUGGGAAGAUCUCAGCCCAGUUGAAGUUGAUACUCAUAAACUCGAGCAUUUAUUCGAAUCUCGAGCUAAAGAUUUUAUUACUAAGAAACAACAAGAAAUGAAUAAAACUAAAGAAGUUAUUGUGUUAGAUCCCAAAAGAUCAAAUGCUAUAAAUAUAGGCAUGACUAAAUUACCUCCACCUAGGUCUAUCAAAGCUGCUAUAUUAAAAAUGGAUCCAACUGUUAUUAAUAGAGAAGGGAUAGAGAAACUCAUGACUAUGCUACCGACUGAGGAAGAACGUACAAAAAUUCAAGAAGCACAAUCAUCUUGUCCAGAUCUCCCACUUGGAAAUGCAGAACAGUUCCUACUUACACUAGCAUCUAUAUCAGAGCUUCCAGCUCGAUUAAAGUUAUGGUCUUUCAAGUUAGAUUAUGAAAAUAUAGAAAAAGAAAUAGCUGAACCACUAAUGGAUCUUAUGCAAGGAAUAAAUAUUUUAAAAACCAAUCAGACCUUUAGAGCUAUAUUGGGCACAUUGUUGUCAGUAGGUAUAUUUUUAAAUGGUACAGAAGUGAAAGGUUUCCAAAUAGAAUAUUUAGCCAAAGUGCCAGAAGUUAAAGAUACCGUGCACAAGCACUCUCUUCUACAUCAUUUAUGUCACAUUGUUAUGGAUAAAUUUCCCGAUUCUACAGACUUAUAUUCGGAGAUUGGAGCUAUUACGCGUGCUUCUAGAGUUGAUUUCGGUGAAGUAACUGUCACAUUAUCGAGAGUCGAACAGGAAUGUAGAGCUUCUUUUGAUCAUCUCAAAACGAUUAGCAAACACGAUGGAGCAUUAGCUAUUAAAACUAAGAUGUCGGAAUUCCUCGCCGACUGUGUUGAGCGUAUAGUAGUGUUAGGUAAAGUGCACCGACGAGUGAUGAAUCGUUUCAAUAAGUUUUGUCUUUGGCUCGGAAUACCUUUACACAAAGUUCAAUUUACAAAACCAAACGAAUUGUGUCGAACGGUAUCUGAGUUUGCUUUAGAAUACCGUACGACACGAGAGCGUGUCAUUCAACAGCUCCACAAGAAGGCUAGCCAUCGUGAACGUAAUAAAACUCGAGGCAAGAUGAUCACCGAAGUUGGAAAAAACAACAACCAUAAUUCAGCCGACACAGAACUCCGGCAACUGUUGGACAAAGAUCCUUCUAGUAGAAUAUAUUCUUGGAGAAAUCAAGGCCGUCACUCAAUUGCAAAUACAAAUGGUGUUAACUUGAAUAACAAUGAUGACGAAUUAAUUGAAAGUCUUGUGAAAACUGUUACGGCCACUCCUGGAACCAAUCCGAGAACAACUCAGAGAGAACGAAAACGAACUAAGGACGCUCACAGAAAAUCACUCAUCAAAAGGUCUCGAACUAGAGAUGCUAUAUCAAGGCAAAGUAGCAGUCAUUCUCGUAACUCGAUGUCGUAGUGUUGUAAGACGUACGUUGCGGAAUGGACUAACUGAUGAAGAUAAAAAACACUUAGCAUCUUUCAUAAAAGGAUACUGAACUGUGAUAUACAUGACAUCGAAUUUUAUGACUGAUAAAUAAUAUAUGUACUUGUAAUUUCUUUAUUGUUUUCCUAUUGAAUCAAUUUUUUAUAGUUAAAAUAACAGUCUCAAUUUUAUUUUUACUGCUGUUUUGUUUCACUGUAUAUAAUCAAUCAAGCAUUACAAUAUGACAACAUUAUCAUUUAUUUAAAUUAUUGCUUAACAGUUAUGUUGAAUAUAAAUGUAUUUAUUGAAUAGUUUUGUGAUUUUUAAGCUAAAUAAAUGUUAUUUAAAUCAA